CCUCGCACGUGUGUGUCGGGACUGACGAUAGCCAACAUCCGCGUAAUUUGCUUUAAAACAAUCAGCUGGCUGCCAUUUUGCGUCGUGGGGGUGCAUUUUCGUCACUGUGUUCAAAACCAAAAUAUGAAAACUACUCUCGAUAUUUUUGAAUACCAAGAAAUAAUAAGAGGAGCGGUAUCAAACAAAUUAAGUUUUUUUAAAAAUUAAACAUUUUAUCUUUAUAGCACCGGAAGUAAACUGCGACCUCGGGUUUAUUUUGACAGCUGUGUUUCCAGGGCAACCGUAAACGGACGCCCGUGGAGACAUGGCGGAGCUCCUGCAGAUUCAAUGCGUGCUCGAAGAGUUCCGAAAGCUACAGUUCUACAAAUCAAGGUUAGAAGAGGCAACUAGACAGCAGGAAUACAGAGCUGCUCUCCGGAUUCAGAGCUGGUUCCGAGGAUACAGGGUGCGCUUUUACAUCAGGCAUCUGCACGAGAAGGCGGUCAUUAUACAGAAGAUAUGGCGAGGCUUCAGAGCAAGGGCACGUUGCAGACAAAUGGUGAUGGAAGCAUAUUUUAUCAUGAAGAGGAAUUUCUACAACGAGAUGGCGAUCAGGAUCCAGCGAAGGUGGCGAGGUUUCUACGUGCGAAAGUACAUCCAUAGCUUCUAUUCACGCAAGUGCUAUUUGGAAAGAAUAUCCAGAACAAAUGAAUUAAUAAGGGGAGAGAUGGAUCAACUUGAAGAGCUCCAGAAGAAAGAGAGAGUCUGUCUGAAAAAAGUGAAGGAACAGAAAGCUAAACUCUAUCAAGCUUACAGGUGGCAUCACCUACUCAGCACCAAGCGGUGCCCAGGGGUCUUCAACUCUCCAUUCAGGCUGGCCCCCCAUGAGAUGGAGUUACUACUGAGGCAGGUCAAGUACCAGGCCCCCACCAAGCUUGUCCCGAGGGACUGCGCUCCUCUGACACCUGCAGCUCCUACACUCCCCAGUUUUCAUGAGACUGUUGAAUCCCCGAGGAGCAAAACAAGAGCUGGCUGUUCCCCCAGGCCCAUACCUCCCCGCACAGCUAGCGCAAAACAGCAGGUCCGGAUCAGAGACCCUGUGGAGACGUGGGAGCCAAGUGUACGUUUUCCUGAGCUUUUCGUGGGUCUGCACAGCUCGUGCACACAUUUGGACGAGGCUCAGAAUGAUUUGCGAGCCUACAGUGGCACAAGCGAACCAGAAAAUAUGCACCACCAUUUGGACCACAACAGCAUUGGCAUUCCUCAUCCCGGCAAUGUUAAGACCUUUGCAUAGUGCUCAACUGCUCAUACACUGACAUCAACAGAAGAUGGCACUGCAGGAUCAGUGAACACCAGCCCUCAAUGGCUUCAACAACGUGUGUUGCAUGAUGACAACAAACAGGAGAGCUCUCGUUCUAGAUCACCAUCCAGCCUCACUUGUCACGUUCACAGAGCUACAGGAGUAUCCAGAUGCCAUGCAGCAGAUUCAGCACUGAACACUUACCCAUAAGCAAUAAACAAAAUUCGAAAUCAUCC